AUGUUCCGAUCAUCAUCAAUCUUCAUUCUCGUCGCUGCGAUCUUCGCAUUGAUUUGCGUCGUUGCUCAAGCAAGAUCUGUGCAAUAUGGUAAGUGAGAGUUGAAAAAUAAAAGGUCGUGAGAACAUCUAAUAAUUUAUUAAUUAUAGACUUUGACGAAUUGUCGCAACAAUCCGGAUUCCCAUACGCACAAUGGGCCGAACUUCCACACAAAAGAGUUCCGUCGGCCGGUGAUAUGAUGGUUCGAUUCGGAAAACGAAGCAUUUAG